AUGGCAUUUCCAACUCUCUAUUUGAUUUCCACCAAGUUUGUCAUUUGUUUGUGUUUCCUUAACUUAACGAUUCCAGGAUUGGUGUUGGUUUCGUGUACCUCUAGGUUAUUAGGUAAUGAAACCGACAAAGCUUCACUUCUUGAAUUCAAGAAAAUGAUCAAAGAUGAUCCAUUUGGUGUCAUGGCCUCAUGGAACGAAACCAUCCAUUUUUGUGAAUGGUUUGGUGUCACUUGCUUUCGCGGCCACCAGAGAGUCACAUCCAUAAACCUCGAGUCUCUUAAGCUUGUGGGAUCAAUGCCUUCACACAUUGGAAACAUGAGCUUUCUCAGGGUUCUGGCCCUCCAAAACAACAGUUUCUCAGGUGAAAUCCCGCCAGAGAUAAAAAAUUUGCAUAGGAUGCAAAGUUUGUAUUUGAACAAUAACUCUUUCAGUGGAGUUAUACCAUCAAAUAUUUCUGCUUGCAAAAACUUGAAUGAGGUAAAUUUCGCAUACAACAAUCUCACAGGAAACAUUCCAUCAGAGCUUGGCACCUUAACAUCUCUUCAAAGUAUUCAUUUUUUUCACAACCUUUUUGGUAAAAUCCCUCCUUCUCUUGGAAAUCUUUCGUUGCUUUAUGACAUAUUUUUCUCCUUCAACAACUUGUCAGGAGAAAUACCCGACUCUCUAUGUAAAUUACCAAGACUAGAAUACUUUGGGUUUGCUGAAAAUAAUUUAAUUGGCACUAUACCCCGGUCUCUAUUCAACCAUUCAUCCAUGUUGGUUAUUGAAGUGGCUGGAAAUCAAUUAGGGGGGACUUUGCACCCUAACCUUUUUGUCACACUUCCCAACCUCUUCUUUUUUUCUAUUUCUUGGAACAAUUUCAUUGGAAGUAUUCCUGUCACAUUAUCAAAUGCAACAAACAUGCAGAUGUUCGGUGUUAGUGUAAACAGUCUGACAGGAAAAGUUCCUAGUCUUGGAAAGUUGCAAAAAUUAUGGGGCUUCUUAGCUGGAGCUAAUAAUCUUGGGGAAGGGAAUGUUUUUGACUUGAACUUCCUUUCUUCAUUGACCAAUGCGACCACCUUAGAGUGGUUGGACCUUAGUGAGAAUAAUUUUGGAGAUUUUUUGCCUACAUCAAUCACCAAUCUUUCAAGAAACCUUAGAUAUCUUUCCAUUCACACCAAUCAGGUUUCUGGAAACAUCCCAAGGGGGAUUUCUAAUCUCAUCAGCUUGCAAACAUUAGGAUUGUAUCACAACAAAAUUAGCGGAGAAAUUCCGCAUGAGAUUGGGUUUCUUAGUAAUCUAAGAAUAUUGUUUUUACAUGGAAACAAUAUUUUUGGACAAAUUCCAUCUUCAUUAGGAAAUCUUACACUUCUAUUAAAGCUUGGUAUUCAUAAAAACUACCUCCAUGAUACUAUUCCUGCAAGUCUCGGAAAAUGCCAAAGCCUAGAGUUGUUAGAUCUUUCUCGCAACAACCUUAGUGGACACAUCCCUAAGGAAGUUCUUCAACUCUCAUCCUUAUCAUUGCUUUUGGAUCUCUCUCACAAUCACUUCAUAGGUUCCAUUCCAAAGGAAGUUGGAUAUUUGAUAAAUCUAGGCUACUUGGAUUUGUCCUAUAAUUCAUUGUCAGGCCCAAUUCCAUCAGAGCUUGGUAGUUGUGUUCACUUGGAAACACUGAAUCUUACAAAUAACAAUCUUGAAGGUCUAAUUCCAUCAACUUUGGCAAAUCUGAGGGGUAUGCAGUUCUUGCAACUUUCUCACAACCAUUUGACAGGUCAAAUCCCAACUUUCUUGAAAGAAUUCAAAUUUUUACAGAAUUUGAAUCUUUCAUAUAAUGAUUUUGAAGGACCAAUGCCAACCACAGGAAUCUUCAACAACACAAGCUCUGUUUCAGUUGCAGCAAAUAAAAAGCUCUGUGGGGGCAUACCUGAGCUGAACCUCCCUGAAUGCAACACCACAAAGUCCAAAAAGAAGAAUUCAAAAGGUUAUUUGAAAAUAGUAAUUCCUCUGAUUCUUGGGAUUGUUGGGCUAACUGUUGCAGUGUUUAUUCUUUGCCUUAGAUGGUUAAGAGGACAAAGUAAAGAACCCUUUCCUAAUUUGUUAGAAAACCCAAUCUUAAGAGUGUCAUACCAGUCCCUCCUCAAGUCCACUAAUGGGUUCUCUGAAGAAAAUUUACUUGGAGUUGGUGGUUUUGGAGCUGUAUAUAGAGGAUGUUUUGAUCAUGAUGGAACUACUUUUGCAGUCAAGGUAAUUGAUCUUUUGCGUCAUGGAUCUUCUAGAAGUUUUGUAGCAGAGUGUGAGAUAUUGAAAAACACUAGACACCGUAAUCUUGUCAAGGUGUUAACUGCUUGCUCGGGGUUUGAUUUUCAAGGGAAUGAUUUCAAGGCUAUAGUUUACGAAUACAUGGAUAAUGGGAACCUUGAGAACUGGUUGCAUUUUAGUCACCAAGAGAAUUCCCAAAUUGAAGACAAUAGGAGGUUAAGUUUUGUUGAAAGGUUAAACAUUCUUAUUGAUGUGGCAUGUGCUUUGGAUUAUCUUCAUAAUGAUUGUGAACCUGCAAUAAUCCAUUGCGAUCUCAAGCCGAGUAAUGUUCUUCUGGAUACAAACAUGAGUGCACAUGUAAGUGAUUUUGGAGUGGCAAGAUUUGUACAACAAAGGAUUCAAAGCUCUUCAUCAGACAACCAUAGUUCUAUAGGAGUACAAGGAACUGUUGGAUAUGCACCUCCGGAAUAUGGUAUGGGAAGCAGGCCAUCAAAAGCAGGUGAUGUAUAUAGCUUUGGCAUACUAAUCUUGGAAAUGCUCACUGGGAAGAGACCUACAUAUGAAUUGUUCCAAGAUGGCUUAAACCUUCAUAGCUAUGCUAAGGCUGCUUUAGCAGACAGAGGAGUGGAGAUUGCUGAUCCCAAACUUCUCCAAGAAAGUGAUGAACAGAUACGAAUGAGGAAGAAAGGGAAAUCCUGCGAGGAGAACGAUAAAUUUCAUGUGUGCUUAGUUUGUGUGAUCAAAGUUGGGGUUGCUUGUUCUGUGGAAUUCCCAGCAGACAGAAUGAAGAUUCGUGAUGUUGUUGGUGAAUUAAAUAAAGCAAGAAACACCUUGUUGAUGUAAUCUGUGAUGAACUGAAGAUUAAUCUGGCCUGGUAUUACAAGCUUAGGAGUUUGUUUCAUUAUUUUUUCUUUUCUGUCAUUACAAUCUCUGUUUGGUGUAUUUGCAGAAUUACUCUGGAGUUUGUUUUUA